UGAUCGCCGCAUUACGAUUCCCGAACCGACUAGUAACCAUUUCAUUAAAAAUUAUCAAGGGUGUAUAUUGGAAUAGCCGUGUUAUGAUUUGUCAAUGGUGGAUUACAUGUAAUUUUACUCUGGAUACAAUUGCAAAAUAUGCCGCAACCACCACCUAGAAAGGUGAAGCCCAGUGCUCAAUUAAAAACCUUGCACAGUGAACAACUGUCAAAACUUCAGGCAAAGCACCAACAAGAAU